GAAGAACUUAAAAAUACGUUUUUAAAUAAUACAGAAGUCGUGUCCUUUAAUCAGUAAAAUGUUAUCAAUAUAAUUUUUUUAACUUAAUUUUGUGGCAGUAUCGUUCGUGCGCAGUCCCAUAGUUAUGAGGUUUUAGUACAGCACAAAAAAGAAACACCGAAACGGGCGGUUUAUUUAUUUACACUUUACCAGCAUCCAGGGAGAUAAAGAGAUACAACGGUUACUGUGCGUGUUAAUCCUAGUCAUCGUCUGUAUUUUGACAUUCAAUGGUUUGCCUUCAACAGGUUCGCCAAGAUAAGAUAGUUCACCUGUGAAGCAAUAAGCUAGCAAACGUACAGCUCUACGAACGACGGGAGUGAUUGAUCUUCAGUCGCCAGCAAGAUGUCUGGUGAUGUUGCUGUGGAAACGGCUGCCCGGUACGACAACUACCGACUGUACCGCGUAGACCUCGCGACGGACGAUCAUGUGCAGCUGUUUCAGCAGCUGGAAGCUAAGAGCGAUAGCUGUACGUUUUACGGCCAUGCACGUCAACCCGGCCAGCAGCUAACGAUCAUGGUGUCCGCUAGCAAGGUAGCUGAUUUUGAGGAUCUGCUCACACUACACUCGGUUAGUGGUCGUGUGCUGGAGCGAAAUGUGCAGCAGCUGAUUGAUCGUGAAGCAACCACGGUUAAACCGGUCACAACCGACCCGGCCGAGAUGGGUUGGGAACACUACUAUCAACUGGAAACGAUUUACGCCUGGAUGGAUUCACUUGCCGCGCGGUAUCCCGAGUUUGUAAGCACGCUCGAGAUUGGGACCAGCUACGAGGGUCGUCCGAUCAAGGGCGUUAAGCUGUCGCGCCGGCCGGACAGUAAAGCGAUCGUGGUCGAGGGUGGCAUACAUGCGCGGGAAUGGAUAUCACCAGCCACGGCCACCUAUCUGCUGCACGAACUAAUCACGUCGACGGAUCCAACCGUCCAGGAGCUCGGCACAGCGUACGAUUGGUAUUUCUUCCCGAUCGUUAAUCCGGACGGGUAUCGGUUUACCUUUACCGGCGAUCGGCUAUGGCGCAAAAAUCGCAAACCGUACGGACUCUGCCGGGGCGUAGAUCUGAACCGCAACUUCGACAGCAACUGGGGCGGCAUCGGUUCGAGCGACGAUCCGUGCAGUUACGACUUUUCCGGCAGCGGUCCCUUCUCCGAACCGGAAUCGGUCGCGAUUGCAAACUUUGUACGGGAGCACGUUGGUCCGGCCCGUAUCCGGACGUACAUUGCGCUACACUCCUACUCCCAGCUGCUCAUGUUUCCGUACGGUCACACGGCGGAAAAGGUGCCGAACUACGCCGAUCUGCAGACGAUCACGGCGAAAGCGCUCGAUGCGCUGACGGCGGUAAAUGGGACGGCGUUCCGGGGCGGCAGCAAGUACGAAACCAUCUACCCGUCCAGCGGUGGUUCGAUCGAUUGGGCGUAUCAGCCCGGUGGCGUACCGGUGUCGCUUACGUUCGAGCUGCGCGGACCGCCAGACUCGACCGAUAUGUUUAUCCUGCCGGCGGACCAGAUACUGCCGGUUGGGCGCGAAACGCUCGCUGCGUUCGUCGCGAUUGUGCGUGAAGCGGCACGGCUCGGUUACUACGCUAGCUAGCUGCCCGGUAUGGUUUUAGAGGAGAAAUAAAAAUAUCUUCGCGACACAGCACGCGCACCACACUGGUGCGAUCGAUCGAUCGGGCGCGCAAGGCUAAAUUUAUACGCGAAUUUGAUUGAUUGAGCUGGUUUGUUUGCAACGCGAAAGUGAGUGUCGUGAUAACGCGAAACGUUGAGGUGAAAAUUGUUGCUAAAGUUUAACCGGAAGCGAGCAACACCAUUACUAUGGAGAA